UACCCUCCCUUCUUAUACAGGCAGGCGCACCACGCUCGCACGUACUUACGUACGUCGGCACCCAGCAGCCAACAAACCAAUAAUAAGUAAAUAAACCAGCCAUGGGGAGAUCAAACCACGCGCUGCUCCUCCUGGUCGUCGCCGUCGCGGCGGCGACCUGCUCCUCGGCUGCGGCCCAGGUGGUGCCUGCCGAGGUGUCCGAAGUCUGCAAGGGCACCCCUUACGCGGACCUGUGCAGCGCCACGGCCGGGAAGCAGGCAGGGCACUACCCCACCGUGGACGCGCUGGCGGUGCUCAACAUGCAGGUGGACGCCUUCGCGAAGCGCACGUCGGCCGCGCGGGAGCGCGUGACCCAAAUGUCAGCCGGGGCGACCCCCGGGGCCAAGAAGGCACUGGAGACGUGCGAUACCCUCUACUCUGACGUGGAGGACAACCUCGGUGCGGCACGCCGCGCCAUCGGCUUCAAGGACGCCACAACCAUCCGAGCCAUGAUGGGCAUGGCGGCCCAGGACAUGCAGAACUGCGACGAGGAGUUCAGGAUUGCCGGCGAGAAGAACCCCAUGGACCGCUUCGACCAGUCGCUCCUCAGGAUAUCUGAGAACUGCCGCGCCCUCUCCAACAUGAUCUGAUUUCAUGAUCGCAUCUCGUCUCAUCGGAUCGGACACGCGCGUAGACGAUCGAUCGAUCGACCUGACAUUGAUUGGCACUGCCAUUAACGUUGAUUUCACGUCUUUUUGUACUAAUUUCUUUCUGUUCGUCUCAUCUUGUAUACUGGUGAGAUGUGUUAAUUACCCGAUCUUGGGAAGGGGAGGCGAAAUGGAAUAUAUUUCUGAAUCGCA